AUGAAGAGCAGCACCAAAUCACUGCUAGAGAAACUGUUUCCCAAGGUUCCAUUUUCUUCUGAAAACCCAGUAGCACAAGCCUCAACAAAUGAGAUAGUAAAGAUGAUUGAAAUGCAUAUUGUAUCUUAUGUGAUUCCACCAAACCAUCUGUUUUGCUGUUCCAAUAAAGCCUUGGGAAAUGAUAUUUUUCAGUGGAACAUUGCAAAAUCUGAUAUUGUGAUCAAGAUUGGUCUAAGAAAUGGUUCUCACUCAUUUGUUGAGGCUCGUGCUACUGGGUUUUCAGAAGAAAAUGGAACGCUAGGGAACAGUUUCUCUAGCAGUGAUUUGAUGCUGCUCUUCAUAUCUGAUGCAGUUCAGGUUUGUGCAUCUAAGAGAUUGUGGAAGAAUGUGGUAAUUGGUAUCCUGGUUGUCUACAAUUCAUUGACUGAAGAUAGCAAAAAGGACAUUGAGACUGCAUAUAGCUUCUUAGCAAUUUGA